AUGCAACACUUGAGAAAACUGAUGGGUAAGGAACUAGGAUUACGAGAACCAGGGACGGAGGUGGAAGCCGUGUUGUCGGAAUCAGCGCGUUUAGUACAGAAGUCGGUCCUGGAUGCCAUGAAGGCACAAGCAGAUCUAUUCAAGCCCGAAUCUGCAGAAGUUAGCAAAGUAGCACCAACGAUUGAUCUUUUAGCCAAUGAUACCUGGGCUAAAAUCAAAAAGAAAUCAAACGGAGUGGACCCCCAUCAGGCAUGCCUCUACCUGAUCAGUUUUCCUACAGAAGUCAAGUCAAAUAUCAAGACUCUGUUCAAAAGGCUUGACUUUAAGUUUGACCAUGCAGCCGACCUCCAAGAUUCUCCAAUUCCUAGUUCAGGCUUGCUCGAGCUCCUCAUCAGAUUUGAUAGGGAGCUUGGAUAUCACAAGAAAUCCCCUCAAAUCAAAAGACAAUCUGGUUUUCUGCAUGACAGGUUGCAUGUUUGGUUUAAUGAAAAAUACAUGAAAAUCAUCCAAACUAAAGAAAAUUGA